GUCCCUUUUGAGUAGCAAAUCAUGUUUUAGGGCUGCCUUCUAGUAUUAGUCGCUUAGCUCCUUCUCUAGAUUUAUUUUCCUGCUCUAGGUUUAAUUAAUUUUCAGCUUAAUUAAAACCUGAAAAAGCAAAACAAAAAUUAGUUUAGUUGUUCCUGUGUUAGCUAGAUUUCAUUCCAGUAUUUCUAGUUUUUGUUUUAUCUAUGCUCUAACCCCUUUGUUCGAGUUUCUGAGAUAUUUUGGCCUUCCGAACGCUUUGCUCUGAUCUUCGUUUGCGUGGUUGAACUUGUGAGAUUUUGUUCGAACUUUUCUCGAUCGAGCUUCCGUUGUGUGUCAAGAGUAUUCCUAGUGCCGAUAGUCGUUCCGAGCUAUGCGGUACUGACACUCUUCGUCCGAGGUGCGUUGGGUGUAAUCGGGACUUUUCUCUUCGAUUUUUCAAAUCGAAUUUGAGGCUCUCAUUCACCCCUCCUCUGCUCGCCUAUUUGGUCCUUCACAAAGGUCAGGAGGUUAAAGCUGCAACGGCUGAAGACCCUUUACUUGAACAAAGAAUAGCAAGAGGGUAGGAAAACCAUGAAGCGCCUCUGCUCUGCUGCUGGGCGCAAUAGCUUCAUCCAGAGUGUUGUGUCUUGGUGUGUAUUUGCAUCAGCCAUCAGGUUCUUCUAUAGCUGUGACAUUGCCUUAGUUUUUUGUUCUUAGUGAGUUGAGUUUUAGAGCUGCUAAGAUUAUACUGGUUACUCCAGUGAAUUGAGUUGGAAACUGUGUUUGCAUUGAAGCUUAACUUGUUAUGACUAUUAACCAUAUGAAAGGAGAUCCCAUCUUUGUAUUCAUGCCGUUGUUCCCUUGGAGUGCUGUCCUAUCUCCUAUGCGUGCGUUGUUUUUUGAGGGCAAGACGGCCAUACACUAGCGUGAUGUCAUUGAUAACUUUGCACAUAUGGGCACAAACAUGGACACACAGUUCGAGCUGGCAGGACGGAUCCGAAGCAAACAAAAAUUAUUUGUUUAUUUAUAAUAAAUUCCUGGCUGCCUCACGAGCCCAUCUGCUCCGCCCAUCGUCUCCCUCGGCUUUCUUAAGCCCUCCGCUCCCCUUCUCUCUCCCACAGGAGUCCCAAUCAACAAGCAGGUCGGCCAUGGCGCAGGAUGAUUCGGUUGUUUCUGCUCAGUGGCUGCACCAGCACCUAGGAGCGCCUGACGUUAAGGUUUUGGAUGCUUCCUGGUACAUGCCGGUAGAGAACAGGGAUCCAUGGGAAGAAUACCAGGUGGCACAUAUCCCUGGUGCGUUGUUCUUCGACAUAGAUGGCAUAGUCGAUCAGACAACUGACUUACCACACAUGUUGCCAUCAGAAGAGGCUUUUGCAGCAGCAGUUUCUGCGCUGGAUAUAAAAAACCAGGAUAAAGUUAUUGUUUAUGAUGGAAAAGGAUUCUUCAGUGCACCUCGUGUUUGGUGGAUGUUUAGAGUUUUUGGGCACAAUAAAGUUUGGGUGUUAGAUGGAGGUUUACCUCAGUGGCGAGCUUCGGGGUUUGAUCUUGGAAGUGCCAACCCUGAUGAUGCAGUUGUUAAAUCCAAAACUGCCAAUAAGGCUGUUGAAAGGGUUUAUAAUGGUGAACUGACAAAUACAAUCACAUUCAAGACUGAAUUUCAGCCUCAUCUAUAUUGGACACUGGAAAAGGUCGCGCAUAAUGUUGCUGCUAAGAAUUACCAACAAGUAGAUGCCAGAUCAAAGGGCAGAUUUGAUGGUGUAGCACCAGAACCACGGGAAGGAGUGAGAAGUGGACAUAUACCAGGAAGCAGAUGUGUUCCGUUCCCAGAGAUGUUUGAUGGUGCACCAAGGCUUCUGUCCGCUGAUGAGCUGAGGAAAAAGUUUCAGCAAGCAGGAAUUUCUCUUGACCACCCCAUUGUUGUCAGUUGCGGAUCUGGCGUGACUGCCUGCAUACUUGCUCUGGGGCUCUAUAGAAUUGGGAAGCAUGAUGUUCCAGUUUAUGAUGGAUCUUGGACAGAAUGGGAAGCGCAAUCAGAUUCUGAUUACCCAAAAGCUACCGCCACUGCUGCUUAAAAUCCCCAACUAUAAAGAGAAGUGAAACAGUCCAUCCAUCCUGGAGCAUUCAGUUUAGAAUGUCAGCAAAGAUGACAUUUCCAUGUUACAAGCUUUGCACUUAAACAAAGGCAAAGCUUAUAAGGGUAAGAAAUGCCCAAAGAGAUGAAGAGAACAUGAAGCAGGGACAGAAAGUGCACCUUGUCAAUUCUUGUGACCCUAUUGUCAGCAUCGAACUUAUGGUUGACAUCUACUAGCGUCAUUGUAUUUACCCAUGCUCACGAUAUUGCAGCUAAAUGAGUUAAGAAUGGCAAAUUCUUGUUUUUGGAUCAAAAUAUGAGGAUUAAUGUAUGAGAGUUUCAACUCUCACAACAUUUUUUAUUUUGCAAAGUCGAUUAAAUUGGAUAUGGAAAUUGUUUU